AUGUCUUCAGUUAUCGCAUCCAACGUGCCCGCACAAGUGACCCCAGCCAAAGUCCGGGAAUUCUUUUCCUUUUGCGGCAAGAUCAACGACUUGAUCGAGCUCGACGCUGCGGGCGCCACCAAGACCUACGAAGUCAUCUUUGCCUCGCCCAAGGCCGUUUCGACCGCCUUGUUGCUCAACGACGCCGAGUUGGAAAACACCUUUAUCAAAGUUGAGGAACCAAAAGCCAUCACCGAUGGCGCAAAAGGACAAGGCGAGGCCCCGGUAGCUGGUGGUAGUGAUGCACAGGCGUCCAGCUCUGUUUUAACGGGCGACAAGACCUACGACGACGUGGACCAAGAAGACAAGCCCAAGUUCGCCAUCUUGGCGCAACUUCUCGCGGACGGCUACGUCUUGAGCGACCCCAUCAUUGAGCGCGGCACCGAGUUUGACAAGAAGAACGGCAUCUCGGACCGCUUCAACCGGUUCAUCAAGGACUUGGACUCGAGAUACGUGCACUCCUCCGACCCGAACUCGACUGUCAACCAGCAGAUUGCUCACGCGCAGGAAAGCUUCAACAGGAGCGCUUUGAAGAAGUACUUUGACGAUGCUGCCAACUCGCCUUGGGGCGCUCGUAUUGCGCAGUACUACAAGAAUUUCAGCAAUGAAGUCAAGGAUGUGCAUGAGGAAGCGAAGAGGUUGGCUAAGAUUAAAAAGGAGAAGAAUGAGAGUGAGUCUAGUGCUGCUAAGCCCACCGUUGCGGCCGAUUAG